UUUAGCGAUAGUGUAAAGUGUGUAGGCCUAGGCGUGUGUAGUAUAAAACAGGAAUGCGAGUCGACGGUACUGUUCUUCACUUGCUCGUACAGUUCUACUGAUGUGCGGAAAAUAAAAUCAGGAUAAAAAUUAAGUUGUGUAUCGGGUGAUACUCUUUGAUGCCAGAAAAUGAAUAACACUAACAACACUGACUCUAAUUCCGAGUCUCAUCAUCAUAUUCACCACAACGAUCCAAAUAUGAAAGUUGAUCCACCACAAAACUUGAUAGAAAAUGCUCAUGUUAAAAAUUUUGCUCAGUAUCAACAAAUGUACCAGCAGUCUAUUCAAGACCCCGAGGCUUUCUGGGGUGAAAUAGCCGAGCAGUUUCACUGGGAAUCUCAACCCACCGGACAGUUCCUAAAUUAUAAUUUUGAUGUAAGGAAGGGGCCAAUCUUCAUCAAAUGGAUGGAAGGUGCAAAGACAAAUAUUGCAUACAACAUGCUUGACCGAAAUAUUAAACAGGGACUAGGAGACAAAGUUGCAUUUUACUGGGAAGGUAAUGAUCCAGGGGACCAUGGCCAGAUAACUUACAGUGAGCUCUUGCUACAAGUCUGUAAAUGCUCAAAUGUGUUGAAAAGCUUAGGUGUCCGGAAAGGGGAUAGGGUAGCAAUUUAUAUGCCAAUGAUUGUUGAAUUAGUUGUAUGUAUGCUUGCCUGUGCUCGCAUUGGUGCAGUACAUUCAAUUGUGUUUGCAGGAUUUUCAGCAGAAUCCCUUAGUGAGCGUAUUGUGGAUGCAAAUUGUUGUGCUAUUGCAACUGCUGAUGGAGUGUGGCGGGGGUCUAAAUUGUUGAAUCUGAAGUCAAUCGUUGAUAAAGCUCUGGACAUUUGCAGAGAAAAGGGUAAGCCUGUGGACACAUGUAUAGUGGUACGUCACCUCAGUCAACCCAAUGACAUUGGGUUCAACGCCAACAACACAGGGGCAACUACUGAUGAUUGCCCUGUUGGGAAAAGACCCUGUUCAAAAUUAAAGAUUCAUUGGUCAGAUCGUGAUCUGUGGUGGCAUGAUCUGAUGAGGACAGCUCAUACAUACUGUGAUCCAGAAUGGAUGGAUGCAGAAGAUCCUCUUUUUAUGCUCUACACCAGUGGAUCUACAGGCAAACCCAAGGGUGUGUUGCACACAGUAGCAGGGUACAUGCUGUACUCUGCUGCUACCUGCAAGUAUGUGUUUGAUUUACAGCCUGAUGACAUCUAUUGGUGUACGGCUGAUGUUGGCUGGAUCACUGGACAUACUUACGUCUGUUAUGGUCCAUUGGGAAAUGGAGUUACGGGUAUCAUUUUUGAGGGAACUCCAUUUUACCCUGAUGCUGGGAGAUUCUGGGCUGUGAUUGAGAAAUACAAAGUAACCAAGUUUUAUACUGCUCCUACUGCUAUCCGGUCCCUAAUGAAGUAUGGGGACAGCUGUGUCACAAAACAUGACAGAUCUUCUCUGAAAAUUCUUGGAACAGUCGGGGAACCCAUUAAUCCAGAGGCUUGGUUGUGGUAUUAUAAAGUAGUCGGCAACAGUCAGUGUGCAAUAGUUGACACAUUUUGGCAAACUGAAACAGGAGGUCAUGUGAUAACACCGUUACCUGCGGCAACAAAAACAAAACCUGGAUCAGCAACAUUCCCAUUUUUUGGUAUUGUACCUGCUCUCCUAACUGAUGAAGGUAAAGAAAUUGUGGGACCUGGUGAAGGUUACCUUGUUUUUAAGCAGCCAUGGCCAGGAAUUAUGCGAACUGUAUUUGGAAAUCAUGAAAGAUUUGAGAUUACCUACUUCAAAAAAUUCCCUGGUUAUUACACUACGGGUGAUGGUGCGAAGAGGGAUGAAGAUGGCUACCUGUGGAUAACAGGACGCAUUGAUGAUAUGGUGAAUGUGUCUGGCCAUUUGCUCAGUACUGCUGAAGUGGAGUCCGCACUUAUUGAACAUGAAGCUGUAUCUGAGGCAGCUUCUGUAUCCCAUCCUCACCACAUCAAAGGAGAAUGUAUUUACUGCUUUGUUACUCUUAAAGAGGGUGAAGUUUUUAAUGAUGAUCUUGUUAAAGAGUUAACAGCUGCUGUGAGAUCGAAAAUAGGGCCAUUUGCUCAACCGGACUAUAUUCAGCAUGCACCAGCACUACCCAAAACCAGAUCUGGAAAAAUCAUGCGCCGCAUUUUACGCAAGAUUGCUGUCAAUGAUAGAGAUAUUGGUGACACAUCUACUUUGGCUGAUGAAUCUGUUAUUGAAACUCUGUUCAACUUAAGACCUAAGGAUGCUUAAAGAUUAGCAUGGUGGAUAUUUUACAGGUCUUAGUUUUACCUGUGGGUUGUAAUUGAAGGUUGGUUAUUUAUUUUAAAAGUUAGACUAACCAUAGUAUGAAUGUUUAUAAAAAUAUAUAUUUUAUCAUAUGGUGUGUAGGAAGUUUUACAACUUUAUUGGUUUAAAUUUGCUCUGUAAUUGUUGAUUGUGAUUAGAGAUAGCAAGUCAAGUUCCUCUUUACAAUCCAUAGUCAGAUUAAAUAAUCCAUACAUUGUUUUUAAAAAUUUUGCUCUGAUGUCCAUUGACAUAGGGCAGGAAGCAUUCCCUUUGUCACAAGAUUUGAGAUAAUGCUGAAUUUUAAAAACAUUUUAUGCUUUUUGUUUAAAAAAAAAUUGUUGAAAGAUCAUUAACCAUUUCAUUUAUAAUGCAAAAUGUUUUGAAUGUUAUAUUCUAUCAAUGUUGAAUUUUUGUUUGCUAGUUGACUAAAUAUCAAUUAUUCAUCUAAUAUAUCAACUCACAUACCAGGAUCAAACAUUAAACCGACAAAUUUUUACCAUAUUGUAUUAUUAUUCUAUUCAUGUAACCAUUGAUACAAUAGCUACUUCUAUUUUUAUUACAUAAAUGUUAUGUUAGAAUUAAUGCAUUUUAUUGUUGUAAAACUUGCAGUUAGCCAAAAAAAAAUGUUCUGUGUUUUAGAUACCAUAGUUGGCUGUUCAUUAUUCUAAGGCAUUAGGAAAGUAAUUUUUACACGUAGUAAAAGAAUUAAGAAUUUGUCAUUAUUUUUUAAUGAAGUAUGAACGUUUUUUGACUUUGGGAAAGGUGUUUCUCAUCUAAAGCUUGUCUACUGAUGUAACAAUUUUUAAAAAACCUGCACAUUUUGCACUAGCAUGUUCAAAAUUAAUUUUGCUCUACUUUGUACAUAUGGGACAUACAUAUUUUAUACCUUAUUUACAAUGAAAUAUUGAACACAGAUUUUUUUUAAAAGUUAAUUUUACAUGAAUAGGAAGGUUUAAGAAGACUAAUAUUAAUAAUACUAACAUGCAACACAGCUUUCUUGCAUUUUUAAAAUGUGAACAAAGUGAAAUGUUAACUACAUGAUCAUCGUAAUUAAUAAACCAAGAUUUUAAACAUGCAAAUCUUGCCAGUUGACAUGCAUUCUCUUAGUCUCACAUGCCUUUAGUAUUUGUUGGUUAAUGACAUGAAUGACCAAUUUGAAGUAUCAUUCCAUCAUAUCAGCAGUGUUGGACCAUGUGUUACCACGACUGCAUUAGAUAUCUUUAGUAGAAUUUCAUCUGGUGCUUUUCAACAGGGGUGCUGCUUUCUUAACCAGCCUUAUCCACUUACAGAUAUCAUGAUCAGUGUGUUCAAAUGUUCUGCAACAUUCACUUCUUGGGUCACAAUGUCUAAACUUACUAAGGCUAGACUAUAGCUGUACAAAAAUGUGUGCAGGUUAAGUAUUAAACAUUUUAUGCAAAUCAUUCAAGUAUUUGAAAGUAUUGUCUUACUGUAAAUUUGUAUCUGGGUUUACAGAAUCUUGUUUAGAUAUUUACAUGAUUUCACUUGAAUCUCAUGAAAAUGCAAACAAAAUCUUUUCAAUCAAGCAUUUUAAAAAUUUAAAGUAUUUUUAUGAUGAUACCACACACAAUUAUUAAUAGAAAAAUAAUUAUUUGUGCAAGCAAUACUUAAGGCAAACAUACUAUGUAUCUUGUAUUUCAGCUUCAAUGUCUGCAUUAUUUUUUUAACAUAGAAUUGUAGACUAUAUAUAUGAAUAACAUACUAAAUAAUUCACGAAUUUUACAAGUGAGAUUUUACCUAUGCUAUUGAGAAGUAUAUUCUUAAAAUACGAAAAUAUUUAUUACUUUUGAAAUCUUGAAGUUGUGGAUUUGUUCUUAAGAUUGAUGCAAUUAUUUUUAACUUGCCCAUUAAUAGUGCCUUUGUUUAUAGAUUCUACUGUUGAGGGUUUUGUCAGCCUGAUUAGCUAUUGCAAUUAUUUUGAAGACCUGUCUCCUACAACCUCAUCUACUUCUGUUGCUCCCCCCCCCCCCCUCCAAGGUUGUUUUGUACAUUUAGAAAUAAUUAUAGCAAUCUGUUCCGGUUUUAGAACAAAGAAAUCUGUUAUGUGAACAAAGUGAAACCCAAAACCACACUUCAACUAUUUGUAUGUUUUUGGAUGGUAAAUCCGACAGAAAACAACAACUGAAGGUUAUUUUUUUUUGCAUGUGGUAAAAUAUAGCAAGCAAUAUGAAAACUUUUUUGGUGUAUUAAAAUUAAAUACAGCAUCAGGGUUAAUAAAGGGACAGCAUUUAGAAGCAAAAUGAUCUUUUUCUAUCAUUAUUAUAUAUAUUCCAGCAUAUUUUUUUAAUCAGCAGUACAUUAAAUGGAAAAAUAUUUUGCAUAAAAAUUUCACAAUACUCUGAAAUACUUAUCCUUUUACCAACUGUGCAAUGAGUUUUUAAAUGGUUUAUUAACUGUUUCUUUGUUAAUGUAGUCUACCAUGUGAAGGCUAGAGAUGAAACAUUAUUAGCUGUUUGUACACUUUAAAAAAUGUUACAUUUUAGCUGUGUAUCCAAUGUUACCUGCAUGAAAAAUUAAAAGUAAGAAUAGCAUUUUUAGC